UGGCUAGCUGCCUUCAUUAAUGAUAUUCCAUCUAUUUAUAGAAACCUGCCAAAUCUGACCUAAAAGGAUAUUCCCCUUUUACAAAUGAAAAGCUAACAUCUGUCCUUAUUCUAUUUGCAGGUAUUAAAUUCCAAUUUGUCUUCAUUAGCCCGCCCCAUGUUGGGCCUGGGAUUCGAGCCCAUUACUGCAGCUGAGGUGGAAUUGGGCUUAACUUGACACGGCCCGUCUGAAAUUCCCUGAUUCUCCAAAACGCCGUCGUUUGCUAUCAUCCGUUUGAAAGCCCUAAUUCUGCGAUUGCCCCUCUUCUUCUUCGAUCCCCAAUUCAUCUUGUCCGGGUACAUGACAGAAACCCUAAUUUUUUCCCCCAAUUUUCAUUUCUUACACGGUAUUUGAAGGAAAUGAAAGAACACCAUUUUGUUCUAAUUCACGGAGAUUGCCACGGGGCGUGGUGUUGGUAUAAAGUGGCAACUAUAUUACGAUCUUCGUUUCGAAAGGUGACUGCACUCGAUAUGGCUGCCUGUGGAAUAAACCCCGAUCAAAUCGAUGAAAUCGGAUCGAUUACGGAUUAUUUAAAGCCUUUGUUGGUUUUCAUGGAGGGAUUGUCGGAGGAGGAGAGAGUGAUACUUGUGGGCCAUAGUCGAGGCGGCAUUGAUAUUUCGAUUGCUAUGGAGAAAUUCCCGGGAAGAAUUGCUGCCGCGGUUUUUGUUACUGCUGCCAUGCCUGGCCCGGAUCUUGAUCUUCCGACUCUCACUAAAGAGUUCGAGAGAAGAUUGGAUUCUCCAAUGGACAACAAAUACACUUAUGGUGAAGCUAAAGACGAACCGCCAACUUCUUAUCUUUUAGGCCCCGAUUUCUUGGCAUCGAAACUAUAUCAACUUUCUCCACCCGAGGAUUUGACACUAGCGAAGUUCUUAAUAAGGCCAUCGCCUUUGUACCGUGAUUUUCAUUGCCAGUCGGACGAAACUGUUCUGACAAAGGAAAAUUACGGUUCUGUCCCUCGUGUGUACAUUGUCUGCGACGAGGACAACUUGAUGAAGGAAGACAUGCAGAGGUGGAUAAUCAGACAUAAUCAGCCACACGAGGUGAAAGUGAUCAACGGCUCAGAUCACAUGGCCAUGAUUUCUAAGCCACACGAUUUGAGCUCCCUUUUGCUGGAGAUUGCCGACAAUUACUGCCGAUGAAUGAUCUCCAUUUUUUAGAGGUACCAAUCACCGAUGAGGAGGGUGAAAUCUGCGGCGGGCUUGGAAUACGGGACGGAAAUAACGGGCCUUGCGUAUACGUUGAUCGACCCGAAUCCUCCGGAAGCUUUGUGAACGAGAGUCGAGGGAAAAUACGUGUAGGUGCCGAUUUGAUCCUUUGUUUGGAAUUUGUAAGUAUAGUUUGAGUUUGGAGGGAUUGGGCAGUUUGUACCCAAGACACCAUCUUGCCAAGAAUUCUUUCUCUGUUUUAUCCCAUUCCUAUAAUUCUCAGACAAGAAAACAUGUAUAAAGUUAUGUGCACAUAUUCUUGCUAAAAUAUAGGGGUGAAAAUUUGACGGAUUGGAUCAGAA